AUGUCCGUAUCUACGAUCCUCCAAUUGCUGUCUCCUUUCCUCUUUCCCACUUUUCUGAACUCUGUUCCUCUAAAUCCCGUCUCUUUCCGUUUUUCCUCCGCUCUUCUGGUGAAGAGGAGCAAAAAGAGCAAGAGUAAGAGGGUGACGCUGAAGCAGAAGUACAAGGUCCUUAGGAAGGUGAAGGAACAUCACAAGAAGAAAGCGAAGGAAGCUAAGAAGCUAGGGAUUAAUCGCAAGCAGAAGGUCGAGAAGGACCCAGGUAUCCCCAAUGACUGGCCUUUCAAGGAACAGGAGCUCAAGGCCCUUGAAGCCCGUCGUGCUCGUGCUCUCGAGGAGCUUGAGCAGAAGAAAGCCGCUCGCAAAGAAAGGGCCCAAAAGAGGAAACUUGGUUUGCUCGAGGAUGAUAAUACCAAGAUGGAAGAAGAAGGAUUUGGAGAGGGAAAUAGCACGGCCGACUUUGCUAGAGUCGUGACCGUUCGGGAUAAUUCGGACAGGGCUUUCUACAAGGAGCUUGUUAAAGUCAUCGAACUAUCUGAUGUCAUUUUGGAAGUUCUUGAUGCCCGUGAUCCCCUCGGUACUCGGUGCGUUGACAUGGAGAAGAUGGUGAUGCAAUCUGGUCCUAAUAAGCACCUUGUCUUGCUGUUGAACAAGAUUGAUCUUGUUCCCCGGGAGGCUGUUGAGAAAUGGCUGAAAUAUCUUAGGGAGGAAUUGCCAGCUGUUGCCUUCAAGUGUAGCACCCAGGAACAGAGAGCAAAUUUAGGCUGGAAAUCAUCUAAGGCAGCAAAACCAAGCAAUCUUCUGCAAACAAGUGAUUGUCUUGGGGCUGAAACUCUAAUCAAAUUGCUGAAAAAUUACUCAAGGAGUCAUGAGCUCAAGAAAUCUAUUACAGUCGGUAUUAUUGGACUGCCUAAUGUCGGGAAGAGUAGUCUGAUUAACAGCUUGAAGAGAUCCCAUGUUGUCAAUGUUGGGUCUACUCCAGGACUGACUAGGUCAUUGCAAGAAGUCCAGUUGGACAAAAACGUGAAGUUGUUGGAUUGUCCUGGUGUUGUUAUGCUCAAAUCUUCGGGAACUGAUGCUUCUAUAGCUCUCCGAAAUUGCAAAAGGAUCGAGAAGUUGGAUGAUCCAGUUAGUCCAGUGAGGGAAAUUCUCAAGCUUUGUCCGGAAAAUAUGCUUGUGACUCUGUAUAAAAUCCCGGGCUUCGAUUCAGUUGAUGAUUUUCUCUACAAAGUCGCCACUGUAAGGGGUAAGCUCAAGAAGGGUGGUCUUGUGGAUAUUGGAGCUGCUGCUAGGAUCGUUUUGCAUGACUGGAAUGAGGGUAAAAUCCCGUAUUAUACAAUGCCGCCAAAGAGGGAUGAAGGAGAACAUGCAGAGGCAAAGAUUGUUACGGAAAUGGGGAAGGAGUUCAACAUCGACGAGGUCUACAACGGGGAAUCCUCGUUCAUCGGGAGUCUCAAGACAGUUAAUGACUUCAACCCUGUCGAAGUUUCUCCGAGUUGCCCUCUCACAUUCGACGAAACAAUGCUCGAGGAUGGAUCUCAGGCUCAGACCCAAGAACGAGGCCAUGGCGGUGGGAGCGGAGAAGUUAUGGUUGAGGGUGAUGGAGAUGAGUCAAUGGGAACAGAAGAAGACAAUGCAGGGAAAUCCAAGGGGAAGUCCGAGACGAGGAAGCAGAACGAGACGCUGUACUCGUCGGAAGGAAUGCUGAAUACGAAAAUGAAGAGGGCGGAGAAGAAGAGGAGGAAGAAGGGGAGCAAAAGUUCAGGUGAUCUCAUGGAUGACGACGACUAUGAUUUCAAAGUGGAUUACGUGAAAAACAAGGGAUCGGCCAUGGAUGAAGGAGAAGGAGACGAAGAGGAAAUCAUUGGUAAAGUUCCAAUGGCCGGUCUGUUGGAAGAGGAGUGAACAAUUUUUGUUUGGUGGUGUGAUUGUUUUGAGUAAUAUACACACAUGUUUUACUUCAUGAAAAAAACAUUUCUUUCAUUUAUAUAUAUAUAUAUAUGCGCUUUAUUA